ACACCCUCUCUCGUCUUUCUCUCCUGUCACAGUCUCACUAACCCCGCAAACCCCCCCCCCCCCCCCCCCCCCCCCCCGUUCUCUUCUCCCCCACUGAAACCCCCCCAACUCCCCGCCGCUCCUCGAUCUGAAUAAUCGCGGCGAAGUGUCGACGCUUCACCGCAACGCUCUCUUCUUUCUCCCCCACUUGGCGCUUUCUUUCCUCUCCAACACAGUUAGUAUACUGCAUAUGCCUAUACUAUCUAGGUCUCAUAUGCUCUACCAAACACGGCCUAACUGUAUGUUUAUGUAAUCGAAGUAGACAAAUUCUCAGAGAGAGAGAGAGAGGAGGCGAGAAUGGAGGAGGAGAAGAGCAACGACAACAUCGGCGAAGAAGAAAUUCUAGGUUCGAGUUUGACUAUGGAGAAAGUGGCAGCAGCUAAAAAGUACAUCGAGAAUCACUACAAAAAUCAGAUGAAAAGCAUACAGGAGCGGAAAGAGAGGAGGUGGAUACUAGAAAGGAAGUUGGCCUCUUCAGAUGUGCCCAAAGAGGAACGAAUAAAUUUGAUCAAAGAUUUGGAAAGGAAAGAGACUGAGUUCAUGAGAUUGAGAAGGAACAAGAUAUGUGUAGAUGAUUUUGAGCUUCUUACUAUCAUUGGACGUGGAGCCUUUGGAGAGGUCCGACUAUGCCGGGAGAAAAAAUCUGGGAAUAUUUAUGCCAUGAAGAAGUUGAAGAAAUCUGAAAUGGUCUCAAGAGGACAGGUGGAACAUGUAAGAGCAGAAAGGAACCUAUUGGCAGAAGUGGGCAGCCACUGUAUAGUUAAAUUGUACUACUCUUUUCAAGAUCCCGAGUAUUUAUAUCUUAUCAUGGAAUAUCUCCCUGGCGGUGACAUGAUGACUCUGUUGAUGAGAGAAGAUACAUUGUCUGAAAAUGUGGCUAAAUUUUACAUUGCUCAAAGUGUGCUGGCAAUUGAAUCAAUUCACAAACAUAAUUAUAUUCACAGGGAUAUAAAACCAGACAACCUUCUUCUUGAUAAGAAUGGUCACAUGAAGCUAUCAGAUUUUGGUCUAUGCAAGCCCCUUGAUUGUAGGACUUUAUCCACGGUGAACGAGAACGAAGAAUUGGAUGAUGAAAACAUAAGGGAACCAAUGGACAUUGAUGGCCGUUUUCCUGAUGCUGCGAAUGUUAGUAGUUGGAGAAGCCCUCGCGAACAACUUCAGCACUGGCAGAUGAACAGAAGAAAGUUGGCAUUUUCAACUGUUGGUACACCUGACUAUAUUGCUCCAGAAGUGCUGUUGAAGAAAGGAUAUAGCAUGGAGUGCGACUGGUGGUCACUGGGUGCAAUCAUGUAUGAGAUGCUCGUUGGCUAUCCUCCGUUUUAUGCGGAUGAUCCUAUGACGACUUGCCGGAAGAUUGUUCAUUGGAAAAAUCACCUGAGAUUUCCUGAAGAUACCAAAAUCAGCCCUGAGGCAAAAGAUCUCGUAUGCAGGUUACUCUGUGACGUAGAACAUAGACUUGGGACAGGAGGUGCAGCUCAGAUAAAGGCUCACCCUUGGUUCGUCGAUGUUGAUUGGGAUAAAUUAUAUGACAUGGAAGCAGCAUUUAAACCAGAGGUCAACGGGGAGCUGGACACCAGGAAUUUUAUGAAGUUCGAUGAACUGGAUCCUCCAACGCCGUCAAAGUCUGGCUCAGGACCCUCAAGAAAGAUGCAUCUUACGCCAAAAGAUUUGAGCUUUGUGGGCUACACUUACAAGAACUUUGAUGCUAUCAAGGAGGCACUGCGCAAUAAAUCAGACACUGCAGAUGAGACGAGGAGUACAUCCCCGACAUCAGUCGACUCAACACACGGUACGUACGCUACAUUACCAAGACGACAUAUUUUGCCCUCAUACUUACUCGCCCUUUUGACUUCAGCAUUGUAUUUUUCCCUGUUAGGCGAAUUCAAGGAGAUGACAGAGGAAACAGAUGUCCGGAUGAACUCGUCAACGGAUGAUGUAAUGUCUCCAUAGUUACAAGAAUGGAAACAUUGCGGAGGGAGGAUGGCGGCGUACGCCUGUAUAUUUGUAGGUUCGUCGUCGUUGUCGGCUCAUGCUCAGCAGAAGCAUCACUUGGUGUCUGCGGUAUUGGUUGUACAGUAUGGUUGGGUGCCUCGUAUCUCUAGAGAUGCUUGUAAUAGAAAAAUUAUUAGUUGUCGCCUGGCUGCCCAGGUUGGUAGGGAGACCUGCUUUCUCUUGUGGCAGCUUCUGGUUUUAGACAAAUUUAUUGCAUCUCUAAUUACUCGGACAUCAUCAUUGUAAUGAUGUUUUUCGCAGAGGAUAAUAAACUGACGGAUGCACUGCUGCU